AUGUAAAUUCAAAAUAUUUAUAUGCUAGAAAACUUUGAUCUCAAACAAAUUAAUGAAAUAAAUCUUGUUUUUAAAAAUUAGAAAAUCGAAUUCAGUGCUUAAAAAUUGAGUUAAUAAAUUAGCAAAUGCUCAAACUUAAAAUUUCUUACUAUUGAUUUAAGGAGUAAUUAAAUAGAUAGUUAAAUAGCUCUUGAGCUCGGUUAAGGAAUUUCAAAAUGUGAAGGACUUAAUUCAAUCAAUAUUAAUUUAUCAGGUAACUCAAUAGAAUAAAAAGGUGCAUUAGGACUUAUAUAUGGAAUAUCGAGAUGUAAAUCUUUAGAGAGUUUAGUACUUGAUUUAUAUGGAAAUUAAAUUGAGUAGUAAGGAGCAGCUAGUUUAGGUGAAUAUAUUAAGAAACUUGAAAAUCUUAACAGUUUAACAUUAGAUUUAAGAGGAAAUCUUAUUGGCGAUUAAGGUUUAGAAAAAUUAGGAAAUGAUUUAGCAGAGUGUUUAAAAAUAUCAUCUCUUAUUUUAUAUCUUUAAACAAGCAAAAUAAGUAAUAUUGGAGCUCAUUCUUUGGCUUUUGGAAUUUCCAACUACUAAAAUAUUCAAAUUUUGAAUAUAAACUUAUAAAAUAAUUAAAUUAAUGACCAGGGUUUGAUUAGUAUAGCAGAGUCUUUAUCAAAUUUAUACUCAUUAGUUAAUUUAUCUCUAAUGAUAUAGGGAAAUUAGUAUACUUAAGAUGGUAUUAAAUGGCUUAGUGCUGGAAUUACUAGAUGCAAAAACCUUGAAUCCUUAAGCUUAGAUUUUAUCAUAUUAACAGCAUAAGAUAUGUUUAGCUUAUAAAGCAUAGAUAAAUUUGAUGAGUGUGAAAAAUAAGAUGACUAAUUCUUAUUAUCUAGCUUAAAACGAUUAAAUAAAUUAGACAUUACUAUUAAAGAUGAUUAGUUUUAAAUUACAAAUGAAUCUGUCUAAUUAUUAGGAUAAGAACUUUCUAAACUGAUCAAUUUGAGUUAAUUAAUUUUGGAAAUUCAAUUCAGUGCUUUGAUAGAAUAAGGAGCCUAAGAAUUAUUUAUAACUUUAUAAGGCUUAAUUAAUCUAACAAGCUUGUCUAUAAAAAUAUAUGAAAAUGACCUUAUUGAUAUUAAUUUUACGAACCUUCCUAUUUUGUUAUCAAGCUGCAACAAAAUAAAAUACUUAAAAUUAGAUUUAUCCUUUUAAGACUCUAAGUUUCUAUAUUGUGUGGAAGAUGGACUAUUGCACUUAAAUAGUUUGGUUUCUAUUUAUUUAAUUCUGAGUACAUCUUAAAAAGAAGUCAUAACUAGUCUUAUGUAGUGUUUGAAUCAUAAAAAAGAUCUCUAAAAUAUAGUAUUAAUGAACUCUUUAAGGACAGUCAUGAUUGAUAGAAUUCAAAAAUAAAAAUAAAUUUAAAAGCUUUUAAAAUUAAAAAAAUUGGUAUACUCAAAAUUAUCAUUCUGA